AUGAGACAGUGGAGAUCUCUUCUGACUCCUCUCGCCCAGCUGAGGGGGGUGACUCAUGGUGCUACUCGUGCUGGAGGUGCUACUGGAGCUGCUGACCUUGGAGGUGCUGGUGUUGCUGGUGCUAGAGGCGCUAGAGCUGGAGGUACUGGAGGUGCUGGAGCUACUGGUCCUAGAGGUGCUUGUACUAGAGGUGCUAGAGCUGCCGGAGCAGGUGGUAUUGCUGGUGCUGGAGGUGCUGGAGGUGCUACUGGAGCUGUUGGCACUGGAGAUGCUGGUGCUGCUGGUGCUGGAGGUGCUGGAGCUGGAGGUACUGGAGGUGCUGGAGCUGCUGGUCCUGGAGGCGCUCGUACUAGAGGUGCUGGAGCUGCCGGAGCAGGUGGUACUGCUGGUGCUGGAGGUGCUGAAGGUGCUACUGGAGCUGCUGGCACUGAGGUGCUGGAGGUACUGCUGGUGCUGGAGGUACUGCUGGUGCUGGAGGCGCUGGAGCUAGAGCUGCGGGUCCUGGAGGUACUCGUACCAGAGGUGCUGGUGCUGCCGGAGCAGGUGGUACUACUGGUGCUGGAGGUGCUGGAGGUGCUACUGAAGCUGCUAGCACUGGAGGUGCUGGAGCUGCCGGAGCUAGUGGUGCUGGAGGUGCUGGAGGUGCUGGUGCUGCUCGUGCUGGAGAUCAUACCAGCGCGGCCAGGAGCCGGUGGGGAGCAUGACGAGGUCUACGUGGUUGGUGCGCCCUGGGAGUGA